AUGGCGGACGUACAGCAAGCUAGCCCGUUUGACGAAAGCGAUCGGCUUCGAGUUUUGCAAAAAAAACUUGGAGAGCAAACACCAUUUUCGUUGGUCGAGAUAAACAAUGCAGCCGAAAUUGUUCAUGAGCUUGUUAGAUCACAGGGCCUCGCAUUUCAUUUCCUUCAAAGGAAAGAGCCAUAUUCGUUGAGAAGCACCUGGAAUCCCAAAUUGAAAAAAUCUACGUCAAAUCCAGAUUGGGCGGAAGCCUUGCGCAUUUUUAGAGAGACACUUAACAGACUCUGGCAAAGAGGUAGUUAUGAAAUGGAACACCAUAAAUGGAUGCUUCGAAAUAGGAUUAUCGAGCUUGGAGAUAGCUGCCAGGAGUUUGCAUACCAGUUGGUGGAGAAAGAUCGGGAGAUUGAGAAACAAAAAGAGCUGCAGAAACUGCAGACUCGAGCAGAAGUCGAUCUACAAGAUCAAAUACAAUCUUCGAUUAUCAAGAAGGAGCAAAUGCAAACAAAACUCACAGCGUCCAAGGACUCGAGGAAGAUUCUACAAGAGAAGCUUGAGGGCACAAACAUCAGAAGCUUUCUAGAUGAAUUAAUCCAUCAGUACGAGUACUUAGAGAACAUCAUCAAGAAACAACUGAAUUUAAAGAUUUGUGACUUAGUAGCCCAACCAGUCGCACCAGGAGUAGCGGACAAUCGAGAAGAAAAACACCAACUGGUCACAUUCGGAGAUACGAACAACGCCAUUGACCUUAAAAGUGAUGGGGAUGAUGAUAUUCGCAAUCUAGGUUCAGCUAAGACUUCAGAGAGAUCAAAACCACAAUACAAUUCUCACGCUUAUCCAUUGGAUAGUAACAACAUUACUAAGAAAGUUUUAGGCGGGAGGGUUACAAAGAAUAGAGUAAAUCGCCAAAGAAUUGGAAACGAUCGUGCCACAAAAUACAAAGAUGUAGCUGGGAUGCCACCCGUCGAGUUACGGUCAGCCUAG